AAGGCAGACCUUUUGGCUUCAAGGCAAACGAAGUGAUUCGCACCCUUUUCUGAAAGCCCGGUCUCAGAUGGCUUUGACAUUGAAGUACAGGAAUGGCUUCAUUGAUGCAGAGGAUGAGACGGUCAGCGGACCAGCGGCUCUUCAGCGCCGUGCCAGCAGUUUGCCACCCAGGAUGUCAAAGAUGGUCCAGGUUGAGGAGUUCUUGCAAGAGGAGGAGACCUAUGUGCAGAAGCUCUCCGAGCGCCUCUCCAGCCCUUUAGAUCGCAGCCCGCUCGCCAGUGGACCAACGACCGAGACUCAAGAGAUGCUGAGUGGGAGCGUUGGACACCCAGAGCUUUGCUGGAGGCCCUGCCUCUUCUUGAUGGCAGGAAACUGCGAGAACGGCGCUGCUUGUGCUUUUUGCCACCUUCCACACGAGAACAAGGGGGGCAAGCCCAACAAGAAGCAGAGAGACUUCAUGCAGUCCUUAUCCCACUCCCAAUUCUUCAACCUGAUCUCCGCGCUUUGCCGGGAAAGGGCAAUGCUUCUCAACAUCACCCAAGAAGCGGGCGAAGUCUUGAAGAUUUUGCAAGCGGAGGCGACAUUUAGUUCAUUCUUUGGGCAGCUCUUGCCUUUGGAGUUUCUGCUCCCCAUGCCGCCCGGCAUCCAAGCUCCGGGCUGUGAGCGUUCCUGCGCGCGCAUUAAUUCCUGGUUACCCAAGUGAAUCCUUCAAUGCAUGGGUGAGUGCGGAAUCUGAUAGGGUGGAGGUCAUCGCUCUUCGGUUCGAGGCCGUUACUCGUCGGUUGGUUGCCGUUGCUAGUAGGCUGGAUGCCACUGCUAGUAGGUUGAAAGCUAUUGCUAGUGGGUUUCGCGCCAUCCCUCUCAGUUGCGGAUAUUAUUGAUCUCUGGGAUGGUCUCCCUUACUCGGCAUCAACCACUGGAGUUCUUUCCGCCGGUCUCAGGAAGGCUCGAGCGUAUCCAUAUACAAUAUACACGCGUGGGUCGGCCAUGGAGGAAGAGUAUCCCCUCCCAAAGAGACGGAAGGCGUGGCCGCUCAUGUCUUACGUGGAGCGUUGCACUUCAAUCUGGCCUCGCGCAGGUACUAAAGACAGAUGGGUCUGAUACAGACGAUGUUGAGGCACAGUGUUGAACCACUCUUUCAGACUGCUUGGAAUCGCAAGUAGUUUGAAGGAAAUUGUGACUCUGGGACCAGUUCUUUAAAACAAAUUGGACCAUCAAAUUUAUUCAAGGGAGUGGGAGGUCUUUAUUGCCUUGGCCAGAAUUGCCAGAGGCAUACUCAGCAGGCCCCAUGAACGUUCCUGGACACCUUUGCAAAGUCUUGGAUGAGUUGCGGGCAUGCUUGCGAACGAGACAGUUCCGGGGAAACGCCGCGCCGGAUGAGAUAUUUGACUGACUGAGUGUUUAUGCAUGUUUAUGCACCGUCUAUCUGACUGGGUGUUGCGGUGCUGCACCGUUUCCAGUCGCGAGGGUAGCUCCAAGGCUGCCUGUCGGGGGAAGCAGAAGUGUUCAGCAAAAACUUCACUGGUCC